AUGUGCACCGGCGGCGAGAGAAGACAUAGCCAGCGCCACUCUCCGCCGCAAUCUACCAAGUUAGAGCAGCGCCGUUCCAACGUUCUCCGUUCUCCGUCCUCCGAGUUCCCACUACGAGGAGGAGCAAAGCAGAGCAAUCGUCCGCCUAACGAUCGUAGCAGUAGCAAGGAAUCCAUAGCGGAGAGCACGUACAGAAGGGCAGGCAGCAAAGGGAAGAGAGAUCUCAUCGUUACGCUUUCUCAGCAGAAACAGAACAGCAGAGGAGGAGGACCUGGAGGAGGAGAGAGCGCCGAGGAGCGGAGGAGAACGAGGCAUCAAGAAGCCGCUGACUACAACAGAAUUCCCAAAUGUAUUCUCUCUCCACAGGAGACGAAGAAUCAGCCGCCGGUUACGAGCAGUUACCAUCACCAGCGGGCGCCGCGUACUCCGGAGUCCUACUUUAAUGUGCCGGAAUCGGUGGCCCUGCUGAAUAUUGUCAAGUCGGAGCGCAUUCAGAGCGCCUUCCAGUCCAACCGCAAGAACCAUGCCAGCGUUUGGGAAAUGGUCGCCGAGGUGCUCAAUCGUUUCAGCGCGCGAAAGCGAACGGCCAAGCAGUGUUGCAAUCGGUACGAAAACCUCAAGAAGAUCUACACGCAACUAAAGAAGAAUCCGGAGCGCCAUGUCCGUCGCAACUGGCCGUACAUGUUCCUGUUCAAAGAGAUCGAGGAGCAGCGCGGCGAGUGCUGGGGCUCCAACGGCAAGCGCAUAGCGCUCAUCUCCAAGAACCAUAACGAACUCUCCUACUACCAGCGGCGGCGGCAGGCGGCCGAGCUUAGUGUCCUCCUCAACAAGGACAACCUCACGCCGCACCAGCAUAGCCUGCUGCAAAGCCUCAGCCAGAGCCAUACGCACCCCCAUUCGCAUGCCCACUCCACGGACUCCUCGCAGAGCGGGAGCAAGGUGGAGCGCUUCCUGCCCAAUCAUUUUGUGGAAACGCAGCUAAACGAUGUACCCUGCCCCAGCGGAAGCACGACCAAUGGUGGCGUCAGUGGGAUGCCUGGCGGCGUCUACGAUGAGAAUCCCCUCCAACUGCAGGUAGCUGCCGCUGCUGCAGCAGCCGCCGUUGCCGUUGCCGCCCAGAAGCGGCAUGAGCUCCAAAUGGGUCAGAAUGCUGGUGGUGCUCAGAUGGCGACUGAGGAGGAUGAUGAAGACGAGCCCCAGAGGGCUGCAUUUAAGGAUCACCUUCACGGCCACAGUCAUAGUCACAGUCAUGGUCAUGGGUUGGGUCAUGGCCUGGGCCAUGGACCGCUGGAUGACACCGGCGAAGCGCCUGAGUUUGAGAAGCACAGCAAUGGAGCCCUCAACUUGCAUCACCAGAACAGCAGCCAGCACGACAACAACAUAUCCAUGAAAUCGGAGCCACUCUCGGAGGGGGAGUUCAACCCGGACGACAUCCAACUGAUGCCAUCGAACUACAAUGGUGCCCAAAACUUUUACUCGCAGAGCCUGGAUCCCAACAUCUUGCAUCCGGACGUGAUCGUUGACACUGACCAUCUGUCCGACUGCACCUCGUCCACGCUGAUGAAGAAGAAGCGCAAGCUGUCCACCUCGACCGAUGGUGAUAGUACAAACUACGAGCUGAUCGAGUAUCUCAAACGGCGUGAGAAGCGCGACGAGGAGAUGCUCAAGCGGAUGGAUGCGCGCGAAGAGCGACUGAUGGGCCUGCUGGAGCGUACAGUGGUGGCCAUUGAGGCGCUGGCCGUAAAACGUUUACUGCCGCAGCCGCCGAAUCCUCAACCGGUGGCCGUACCGGGCAAAGUGGCACCGAGAAAGCCUACAGGGCCAGUGGUUACAGUGCCGGUAAUAGUCCCGCCAGCAGAUCCCACAAUUACCCUGAAAGAGGCGCGCCUGGCUAAUCCAUCACCUGCGCCAUGGAGAUCCCUGGACCUGGAAUGUACCACUGGCAACGAUCACCGUUCGACGAGCGUCGAUGCGUUGGCAACCGAUGAUCCCGAUUGGCAGAUCCUGAGCAAGGCUGAUGCCGAAGCCGCCGAUGCGGCAGAGAACGAGGCACUCAAGUCAUCAGCAGAGGCAGUAGCAACCAGUCAGCCGUAGAAUCAACUUAGACCUACUCCACACCACCUUCCACCUAUACAACCCACCCACCUUCGCGAGGAGGAGGACAACACACAGUGCCAAAGACGAGCGACGUCUCGAAUUUUCAUUGAGAUUGAGAUGAGCCAGCGGACGAGAGAAACUUAAUAUGGAAUGUUGCCGGAAUCGCAAUGUUUGUGCCACCAAUAACAAUAUACUCUUUUUACUUUAAAUUAACUUAAGGGAGGGAAUCUCAGCUCUCGGGCUCCGCCUUAAUUCAAUCUAGUUGUGGAGCUGAUAGGGGGCUCAAAAAUGCAUUUUGUGCAGGAACAUAAAAACACAAUUACACACGUCAUUUUUUUUCUGUUUUUUGUAACCUAGAUAAAUACGAUGUACGAUUUUAAAA